GUGAAUAUAUACAAAGAAAAUUGUCAUAGUCCAUCAUUCACGGACCAAUCCGAGUUUUGCCGAACGUUUAACCGAUGUGCUUCACAAGCGUGGGUUUACGAGAGCUGUGUGUUGUUAGCGCUUUGACCUGAAUCUUUCAUGCGCAAAUUUUGAGGAUAACGUGUUUAUGAUGUCUCAGGAAACCACAGCAAUGGAACACAGAGAAAUCUCUUCUCCAAGGGUGGGAAAAUUCAACGUAUACGUGCAGGGAAGCCUGAAAAGUGGAGUGAAGAUCCUCACGGUACACGAUUUAGGAUGCAACCACACGAUGUGGGCACGGUUUGUCAAUCAUCCAGAUGUGGCAGAGAUCACAAAGAGAGUCGCCUGGAUCCAUGUGGACAUCCCAGGCCAGGAGGAUAAUGCUGAAGAUCUCAAACCCGAUUAUAAAUUUCCGUCAAUGAAGAGUCUUGGUGAAGACUUAGUGUGUGUGCUGGACCAGCUAGAUAUCACUCAGGUGGUGUGUCUGGGUGAGGGAGCAGGAGCCAAUAUUGUCUGUAGAUUCGCGAUGGCACAGCCAAACCGUGUGAUGGGAGUGUGCCUUAUCCACUGUACUGGAACCACUGCGGGCUUCAUGGAGUCUCUCAAGGAUAAGGUCAUCAACUGGAAGCUUGAUCACAUCGGGAUGAAUCCUACAGCGGAGACCUACCUGGUCCUCCAUAGGUUUGGCUCUAGUACGACUGAGUUUGAAAGCGCCCAGAAUAAGGAACAGCUAAAUAAGGUGAUCGAGUCAUUCCAACAGUCCCUUAGGUCCAAAAUCAAUGCCAAGAACCUGCGACGCUUUGUGGAAAGUUUUCUCAACCGGACCAAUAUCACAGACAGUGUUGGGAAAUUACAGUGCCCUGCCCUGCUGGUGACAGGCUCCAAGGCCUCCUUUAACCACACGGUCCACACCUUUCAUCAGGCCAUGCUGCACAAACUGGACAAGAAGAAGGUGGAGCUGUUAGAAGUGGAGGGAGUGGCUAAUGUCUUGGAGGAGAAGACUUCAACUCUAGCCGAGAGUUUUCUGUAUUUCCUGCAAGGUGUUGGAGCAAUUGGAGGUGUACCCAUGCCACGCAUGGUACGACAAUCUUCAUUGGAUGGAGUUGGUCGCUCACGCAGCAAAUCGAUGGAGGAGGCCGACCAACCGAGGGGGAUUUACUCAACAAGUCCAACAAAGGGCGGUUUCCUGUCUAGCAGCCUGCCCAAAACUGUCCCGCAAGAGGAUCAGGAGACCAAUAACAUGGAGACCUCAGAGACCGAGAAGACAGGAGAGGAAGGCAAAGAACCCAUGGACGUGAAAAACUGAACUGGAGCUCUGACAUGGUGGUAGAAGAUGUUGACAUAAGAAUCAGAAAAUAACUAUUACAAAAGGAAAAUAAUAAUGUGACAAAAGUUCAAUAAUGAAUUCAUAUUGUUUGUGGGAGUUGACUGCAGAUUUUUAACUACAAAUGAAAUUCUGUUGUGUAGAAAUCAGGGUUUACUCAGGCGGUUUUCUUCAGUUGUACCAUGCCAGCAGUAGAGUUGUUGUUCUUGUUAAUGGUGAAGGAUGUACAUGUACUUUGUUUAUACAGAGAUAACUGUAAGGAUGGAAGUAGGCUGUGAUCAAUGACUCAAGAUAAACCAUGGCAUAUUGUCUAAAUUUUCACAUUUCAGGUUGUUAAAACUCUCACGGUUUCCUAUCCAGGAAAAAUAAAAUGAAAUAGAAAAUACAUGUGUUUUAAACUUCUAUACAUGUAUAUACUUGGAGUGAAUUACUACUUUAUUAGUGUUUUUGUUAUUGAAAUAAGAGACUUGUAUGUUUAUUUUGAGCCUGAAGAGUUCACACCCUGGUACUGACCAAACAAAACCCUUUAUAUCAUACCCAUUUUAUGAUAAAUAUUUACAUUUACUUGGAUCACAUAACAUUUUAUGUAUUUGUUUUAAUUUUUUUGGUUUUUUCUUAACCCAUUUCAAAUAGAUAACCACAGUAAAUGUAGUGCACAUAUACUCAGCACAUAUAGUGCUGAGUAUGUCAUACUAGAGGUAGAAAUGGUGUGUUGACAUUAAGAUGUUUAAUUUUGUUUUUGAUUUUUUUAGCUUUUAUGCUAAGGGUUAUUUGCUGGCCCCAAACAUUUCAUGAUAAGCUCAAAAUACCUACUUUGACCUAUACGCAGUAUUGGUAUGUGUGCAUGUAUUGCUCUUUUUGUAUUUUUGAGCGAAGGCAGUUAGUCACCUUUAGUCAGGUGUUCACCGUAUAUCUGUUGGACAGCUCUCCAGAUACGCACCAGGAUUCCCAAUUUGGAACCAUUCCCAACAUCUACAUUCAUAAAGUAAGAAAAUGUAGAAUUCUUGUUUUUAUUGUAAAAAAAAAAAAAAAAUACAGCUGAUAAGAUUAAUAAUAUAUGUGACUUUUGCUUUGAAACUACAGUUUCACUAUGAUGUGAGGUUUUUGAACCUCAGUUUCACGCCAAGUUUCAACUUUGCCAAUCCAUAGAUUAGUUUGGUUGAUAAAACUUGUAACUGUAUUAAAUCUGUUAGUGUUGAUCGCUAGUUUCCUCAGUAGGAAUCUAAAGUUUCCUUGUUGAAUUUUCACCUACUAGAGUUGGCUGCAUUUUAUUCCUCCAUCAUUUGGAAUGUGGAAAUGAAGUUGCAUUUAUUGGGUUGGCUCACCAGAAAGCGAACAUGUGGGUUUUGUUUUUUAAAGAAUGUAAGGGCGAAUUUGUAAAGAUAGAAUUCUGUCUGAAGAAAACUAUAUUGUGUGAACUAGCACCUCCAGUGAAAAAGUUCUUAAUAUCAAACUAGUCUUGUCAGAAUAUGAACUGACCAUAUUGCAUAGUGAUACAUGUACUUCUGAAAAUGUCUGCCACUUUUUGGACAUUUAAAUUUUCCUGCGCACAGCCCCACCCACAAAAAGAUUGCAUUGCUAGAACACGGUGCAGUGUAUUAUUAUUAUAUAUACUGUCAAAACAGAUUUUAUUGCUUUUCUAUAACAUAGUUCAUAAUUUUUUUUUUAAAUAUUAGAGUAUUUUUCCACAGUUUGUGUAUUAACUGGCCAUUUCAAAAGCUCGUAGUUGUUUGUGUGUUACUGAUGUAUAUGUUUGGAAGAGGAUGUAUAGAUAUAUAUAUUCAGUGCUGCACUGUACACCUCAAUUAUGCAGCAAGAAAUUUUUGCUUUAUGGAUUAUUGUAAUACCGCCAAGCUUUUUAUUAAUGGUUAGUCACAUGUGUUAACAACAUCAUGUACAUGUUAAUUGGUUUGUGACCACAGGUACUCAUAAAGGUAGCCAAGAUGGUGUUUAUAGCUGGAGCUAUGUGUGUGCAAAUUUUUAAAUUCCCUAAUUAAGUCACAGUUAUGUUUUGUUUUGUUUUUGUUUUUACUUUGUUUAAGGGUUUAACUACUAUGCAAGUCAGAUUCCAAAUAAAAGACCAAGUGAGUAUAUCAUAAAUCGACAGCCUGUGGGGGAACUGCAUACUGUGAUGGGUGGGGAUUCCCCCCGGUCAGCCACUAGGUUCAUUCAAGUUAGCAAUUAACCGCUCUCUAGAGAUCCGUCAAGUUCUACUCAAGUCAGCGUUAUACAAUAGUUCUUACUUAUUUGUCCAUGUUUUGGUUUAGGCACUCAGUUGAGGCCAGCUAACUAGCUGACCAGGUGUGUACAUAGUUAAUAGGUGUCUUUGUACAAUGGAUGAAUGAUCACACAAGCUGUUCCCACAGCUUACUCACAUAUACAUGAAGAUUGUGUCAGUUGACAAAAACCAGUUUUACCAGCAAUGCUAUUUCCCAAUUUACAGAAAUAAAGAGACAUUUUU